AUGGGUGAGAAGGAGAUAUUGCAUCCUUCAGCCGAAGCUGAGAAAGCUGCCAAGGAGCAGCAAGAUGCUGCAGCAGCUGCAGCUGCUACAGAGUACGUUGACACCAAGAAGUUAGGGCAUGGAGCGCGUGGCACUAACCUUACCAGGCCCCUUCCGCCUGCCCCUACGGGGUCCACUCAGUCCGAACGCAAACCCGCGCAACGACGGAAGCUUCAGAAGAAGCCCCCGGGCCCUUCGAAGCCCACCCCCCAGUAUCGGACAAUGAGAGCGCUCGGGGAUUACCCAUCGACUGCGGAGUACCGAGCUGCUGGUGUGACUCCUCCAUCUGAACGGGCCGACCCCGUCGCGACCGUGCCGACCAACAUCCCGCGCGACGAAACUGAGCGCCUUUCCCCCCUUGGCGGGUUUGAGAACCUGGCGGCCGAUAAGAGUCAGGUUGAGGCCUUUGAGUCGGAGGCAUUUGCCUCGAUCUCCAGCGGAAGCCAAAGCCUGGCCGAUGAGGCCAUUCGCACCAUUACCACCCCGGCCGAUGCGGCCACUCCUACCCUCCCGAGCGCGGACGAUACCAACAAGUACGUCACGGCGCUGAUGUCUCUUCCUUUGCACCCUUCCGACAAAUAUGAUGUUGCCAAACUCCGGAACCUCAUUAAGCAUGCCAUAAUCCACGCAACUGAGAACGGCAACGAGCCAGGUGCCACGGCCCUUCUUUACUUCUGGUCCAAUGCUGUGGAUGAUGAAUUCCAACUCUCUUUGGUCGCCAACAUCGCCAAACUCGAUGAGGCAGACGAGAAAAUGCGACUUGCGCUCCAAUCAAUGAUCAACAAUUCUAUUAAAGAUGCCCAGAAGUGCGAAUCAAGCCUCCCACCUGCCAAUUCUGUUGAUGCAGAGCCCAGCUUCAAGAUCUCCGAUAUCUAUCGCGACACAAGUGGUCCUCGUGUUGAAGAAAACUUCCUGAGUGGUAAAUCGAACACCGCUCCGCUGAAAAGACCCAAGAAGCCAUGCCCGGUCAACGAGAAUGCUUACAGACGUAAACGCAAGUUGGAGAUGGACCCUGAUCACGAAGAAAAUAUGCGAUCCGUACGUGCUCGUCUUGAAAAAGAAUCUUUCGUCGACAUCGCAGUCCGGUACAGCAACAUUCGUACUCCAAUUGGCCCACCAGACGGCAUGCAACAUCCUUACAACAAAGACAACAUUGACACAGGAAUCGAAGGGGAUAUUGCAGCGAUCAAUGAAGUGAUGCAUCGUACACGUCACCUCCCUCCCCCAGGUUCUAUCCUCGAUCUACCUCUUGUCAAGGGUCCGGAGCCCGAGGCUCCAUCUGUUUAUUCACCAUCUGCUUCGCUUAUCGGUCGCAAGACUGGCAAGCCCGUCUCACGACGUCAGAAAGACAAGGCCAAGGCCCCUGAGAUCCCACAGCGCGCACGGUCGCUCUCUGUUGACACCACGGUCUCAAGUCUUUCUUCGCUCUCAAAUUCUGCUUACUCAGUUCGAUUCAACGACUGGACUGGCGAUCACGAAGCACGCCAGAUGCCGAAUUCUAUUGCACCCCCCGACAACAGCGAUGAUUGCCACCAGUGUGGAAAAGGUGGCGAUCUACUCUGCUGCGACACAUGCGUCAACUCAUACCACUUCGAAUGCUUGGAUCCUCCCUUGGAUCCCAAGAAUCCUCCGCAGGGAGAGUGGCAUUGCCCCAAGUGCUCUAUUCGCAACAGUUUCUCUACCUUGAUCGCACACUCCAAACACCAAAAGAAGACAGAGUUCCAACUUCCUCGGGAUGUCAAGGAACAUUUCGAAGGAGUUGAUGAAGGAGUUGUGUUUGAUGAGGACUAUGCCCGGAAUUUGAAGCAUCAACGCUACUACAAGGCCGCGCCCCACCUGCCGCGGCUGACUAAAGCACCCAAGCAGGACGCCGCUAUCGUUUACGCGAAUCCCAUGCUUCUCCGAGAAUACGACAACAAGGGAGACUGCAUCCGUUGCUCCAAGUGUGGUUUUACAUCCCAAGGUACACGUCCCAUUAUUACUUGCGACUACUGUCCCUGCCGCUUCCAUCUGGAUUGUCUUGAUCCUCCCCGCGCACAUCCCCCUAACCCCAAGAUCGGGUGGAUGUGUCCUAACCAUGUCACUCCUGACGAUAUGAUUGCCACCAAGGAGAUUAAUGGCAGCAACGAGCGUACGCGCCGUGUUCGCCGAACCAAAAACAUGGCCUACAUUGACUGUGACAUCAUGCUUCCUGACGACCCAAAUCAAACUCUGUUCGACGAGGACUGGCGAGAGAAGAGAGCCCGUUUCCUCGGAGGCGAUGUCGUUCUGAACUUCAUCUCCGCUGUCAAAAAUGAUCAUCACGAGCGUGAAAAUGAGUAUGCCCGAGAUGUCGAGCGAAAGUGCUUGAAUUUGACCAAGCAACUCACCAAUGAAUACCUCAACCGUGCUGAAACCACCGGGAUGACCAACAACAUUACACAGAACGGUCUUCCCGCGGAGUUCACCCAGAAUGUUUCUUCCGCUGUUAACAGCAUGAUUGCGGGCGCUCCUGUCUCCACUCAUGAAUUCGACGCUGCCGCUGCCCUCCUCAGCAUGGCUACCAGCCAGCCUCCCCUUGCUGUCGGCGAAGGUCACAUCGCCGAAGCCGCCGCGCCUACCUCGCCCGUUGCUCAGAAGACCUUGUCCCGCAUCGAUGAGGAGUCCGUCUUGGGCUCAUCUCACGCUGCGACCUCCCGUGUUCCUGCUCCCGUCACCUCCCACCCCUCUCCCAAGGCAUCCCCCGAUGCCCAUGAUGAGGAGUCCCACCACGCGGGCUCCGAACUUCUCCCGCGGAUCCCUGUGAUCAAUCGGAACAAGCGAUCCCGCGCCGAUGACCAGGGAUCCGCGGGAGAACCGGCGCAGAAGCGCCAAUUCACCAAGUCCAAGUGA